CCUUUCCUUUCCUUUCCUUUCCUUCCCCUCCCCCCCCCGCCAUAAGAAGCCCGUCCGGCCGCCGAGGGGAUGAAGAUGGCCGACGCCAAGCAGAAGCGGAACGAGCAGCUGAAGCGCUGGAUCGGGUCGGAGACGGACCUCGAGCCGCCCGUCGUCAAGCGGCAGAAGACCAAGGUGAAGUUCGACGAUGGCGCCGUCUUCCUGGCCGCCUGCUCCAGCGGCGACGCCGACGAGGUCCUCAAGCUGCUGCACCGCGGGGCCGACAUCGACUACGCCAAUGUGGACGGGCUCACCGCCCUGCACCAGGCUUGCAUUGAUGACAACGUAGAUAUGGUGAAAUUUCUGGUGGAAAACGGAGCAAAUAUUAAUCAACCUGAUAAUGAAGGCUGGAUACCACUCCAUGCAGCUGCUUCCUGUGGAUAUUUAGAUAUAGCCGAAUUUUUAAUUGGUCAUGGAGCCCACGUAGGAGCUGUCAAUAGUGAAGGAGAAACACCGUUAGAUAUUGCUGAGGAGGAGGCCAUGGAAGAAUUGCUUCAAAAUGAAGUGAAUCGUCAAGGAGUUGAUAUAGAAGCAGCUCGAAAGGAAGAAGAACGGAUAAUGCUGAGAGAUGCAAGACAGUGGCUUAAUAGUGGACACAUAAAUGAUGUCAGGCAUGCUAAAUCAGGUGGUACAGCCCUUCAUGUAGCUGCUGCUAAAGGGUACACUGAAGUCUUAAAACUCUUAAUACAGGCAAGCUAUGAUGUAAAUAUUAAAGAUUUUGACGGCUGGACACCACUUCAUGCUGCAGCACACUGGGGUAAAGAAGAAGCAUGUCGAAUUUUAGUGGAAAAUUUAUGUGAUAUGGAGAUGGUCAACAAAGUGGGCCAGACAGCGUUCGAUGUAGCCGACGAAGACAUUUUAGGAUAUUUAGAAGAACUGCAAAAGAAACAAAAUCUGCUUCAUAGUGAAAAACGAGAAAAGAAAUCUCCACUAAUUGAGUCUACAGCCAACAUGGACAAUAAUCAAUCCCAGAAAACAUUUAAAAAUAAAGAAACCCUGAUUAUCGAGCCAGAGAAAAAUGCAUCCAGUAUUGAAUCUUUAGAACAGGAAAAGGCAGAUGAAGAAGAAGAAGGGAAAAAGGAUGAAUCCAGUUGCUCUAGUGAAGAAGAUGACGAAGAUGAUUCCGAAUCGGAAGCCGAAACAGAUAAGAGCAAACCUACAGCAUCGGCUCCAAAUGCCAAUAGCUCCAGUACCCAGACUGCUUCGGUUGCCGUGACGGCACCUUCCAUUCCCACUGGACAGGCGACACCCACGUCACCUAUUAAAAAGUAUGAUUUCAUUGCUUCUAUCAUGACUUUGACGGAAGCGGUAGAUCCUGCAUCCUGGAGGCAGGGCUUGCGCAAAACUGGCAUUGCACUUGUGCCCAGUAAGGGUGAAAAAUCUCUGUUUCCAACCUCCACAACCAAGGUUUCCCCCAAAGAGGAGGAGAGAAAAGAUGAGUCCCCUGCUUCUUGGAGGUUAGGCCUUAGAAAGACUGGCAGUUACGGAGCACUUGCUGAAAUUACAGCCGCAAAAGAAGCUCAGAAAGACAAGGACUCUGCAGGUGUUAUGCGGUCAGCUUCAAGUCCCAGACUUUCUUCUUCCCUAGAUAACAAAGAAAAGGAGAAAGAUAGUAAAGGAACUAGACUUGCAUAUGUUGCACCUACAAUACCAAGACGCUUAGCCAGUACAUCUGACAUUGAAGAGAAGGAAAACAGAGACUCCUCUUCUGCUUUACGAACAAGUAGCUCCUACACAAGAAGAAAAUGGGAAGACGACAGCAAGAAAAAUAGCUCAAUUAAUGAAGGAUUAGGAUCAUAUUAUAAAAGUUGCUCCUUUGGUAGAAGACAAGAUGAUUUGAUUAGUUCUAGUGUUCCAAGCACCACAUCAACACCAACAGUUACCUCUGCUGCCGGGCUUCAGAAAAGCCUGCUUUCCAGCACAAGCACUACCACAAAGAUUACAACGGGUUCUUCUACAGCUGGCACACAAAGCAGUACCUCAAAUCGUUUGUGGGCUGAGGAUAGUUCUGACAAAGAAAAGGACAGUGUUCCUACGGCAGCGACCCUUCCUGUUGCGCCAACUGUUGUAAAUGCCGCGGCUUCUACCACAUCCAUGACUACUGCUGGCACUGUGUCCGCAACAUCAGAGGUCAGGGAGAGACGCAGAUCAUACCUCACUCCUGUUCGAGAUGAAGAAUCAGAAUCCCAAAGAAAAGCAAGAUCUAGACAAGCAAGACAGUCCAGAAGAUCCACACAGGGGGUGACGUUGACUGAUCUUCAGGAAGCUGAAAAAACUAUAGGAAGAAGUCGUUCAACUCGAACCAGAGAACAAGAGAAUGAAGAGAAAGAGAAAGAGGAAAAAGAAAAACAAGACAAAGAAAAACAAGAAGAGAAGAAAGAAUCAGAAACAUCUAGGGAGGAUGAAUAUAAGCAAAAAUAUUCCAGAACGUAUGAUGAGCCUUAUCAACGUUACAGACCAGUAUCAACUUCAAGUUCGACCACUACGUCAUCCUCUUCACUUUCCUCUAUCGGUAGCUCGCUCUAUGCUUCAAGUCAAUUAAACCGGCCAAACAGCCUCAUAGGUAUUACGUCGGCAUACUCCAGAGGUUCAACAAAGGAUAAUGAAAGAGAAGGGGAUAAAAAGGAGGAAGAAAAAGAAGAAGAUAAAUCACAGCCCAAAUCAAUAAGGGAACGACGGCGACCGAGGGAGAAACGGAGAUCUACCGGAGUCUCGUUCUGGACACAAGAUAGUGACGAAAAUGAACAGGAGCAACAGUCUGACACAGAGGAGGGAACGAAUAAGAAGGAAUCUCAGGCUGAUGCUCUUUCAAGAUAUGAAACAGGAUCCACUGGGACAUCAUCUAGUGACCGUUAUGAUUCCUUACUGGGCCGUUCUGUGUCGUAUGGUUAUUCGGAAGAAAGAAAACCUUACUGUAGCAGGCUGGAGAAGGAAGAAACAACAGACUUCAAGAAGCUUUAUGAACAGAUUCUGGCAGAAAAUGAAAAACUGAAAGCUCAGCUACAUGAUACGAACAUGGAACUGACUGAUCUAAAAUUGCAGUUGGAGAAAGCUACCCAGCGUCAGGAAAGAUAUGCCGACAGGUCACUAUUGGAAAUGGAAAAACGGGUGACCGGCAAGAGUCAUUAUCUUCUGGGCGGAACGAAGAGCUCUAGAAAGAAGAAUAUCUGAAAUGGAAGAGGAGCUCAAAAUGCUUCCAGACCUGAAAGCAGACAACCAGAGGCUAAAAGAUGAAAAUGGGGCCUUGAUCAGGGUUAUAAGCAAACUUUCCAAAUAAAAAAGGUUUUACUCCAGCAGCAAGCAAAGGCAUUGCCCAUGACCAGUAACUCCAUUGGACCAUAGCUGGCAGUCACUGGAAACCUUGGAGAAGGAAAGAGUCCUUGGAGACUGUCAUUUACAGAUAUCCUGCCAAACACCUUCUUUACCUAUGGUCUUUGGGUUUUUUUGUUUUUGUUUUGGGUGGUCUUUUUUUGUUUUUUGUUUUUUUUUUUAUUUUUUUGUAUCAAGUUCAUUGUUUCAUGUUAAUACAGCUGCUGAGAAGAUAAAAUGACUGAAAAAUCUUGUUUACAACUACAGCAUUUAAGGAAAGUAUUCAAGGCCAGAUUUGCCUCCGUAUUUAACCAGUAAGCCUUAGUUGUACAUAAACACUUUUGCAUCAAGAAAAGCUUUCAGCGAUCACAGAAGACAGUUACUCAACAACUUUUUGGUUUUGUUCUGUGCCACGGUUUCCAGUUUUUCUAUAUUACAUUUUUAUUUCCUUUACAUCAAAGUUUGGAUGUGUAUUUUUUUUUCCUUUUAACUAUUCAUGUCCGUGUGUAUGUGCGUGUGUGUGUGUGAAUUUUUUCCCUCUGUAUGAUGUUUUCACAGCUUUCUCGUUACAAGUACACAUGCCUGUCUCGAUUGCAUCUUUGUGUAGCAAGCAUGUGCUGUGUGGUCUAACCACCUGGAAUUGAAAUGCAAGGUGGAACAUUUUGCUUUCACUGUUUGUGCAAUAUGCAUUUAUUUCUUAUAUAAAAUGCUUUAAAGUCGGUUGAAAUUAGAAUACUUUUAUGAGCCCCAUUUUCUGCCUCUAUUGGUCACAUUUUUUUUUAAAGUUUGUAGUGUAAGAUGUUCAAUACUGUAACCUUCACGUUCAUUUUAGCAGGUACUGAGUGAUGCUGUAUAUAUAAAUAAGUGUACUGUUUUUUUUGGUUUUUUUUUUGGACCACAACAUGGCAUGCUUGAAUAUGUUUCCUUAUUGCAGAUGUCUGUUAAUGCAAAGUAGGCUACUCCAGAAUAGUGUUUAACAAAAUCUGCUAACUUUGUGGUAUAUGGAAUUGAGCUAUUACACAUUAUAUGGAGCCCUAUCUUUACAAAAGUUUCUACUGUAAAGUACUUUUCCUUUUCCUCCCUUUUUCAUUUGAUAGCAUUCACCAUAAUUACAAGUUGCAUCCAUAUUAACUGCUUCACUACAUUUCACAUACCUAUAUUUAUCUGAGUGCUGCCCAAAGUAAUGUGUAUGAAAUAACUUGCAAACCUCGCCCGUUAUUCACAUUAAUGUUUAUAUGCACUGUCAUUGCCAUGUGAAGAGGCACCUAAUUUGAUAUUACCCAUCAUCGCAGACAAUUUUAUACAUUUCAGUGGCCUUUUUAAAGAUUAAACAAAGUAUUUAAGUGAGGAUGGCUUUUGUUAGAGACAAACAGCUUUUAUAUUUUCAUGAAACCAUGCAAAAACAUGACAUUUUACUGGCACAUAAUUGAUUUCCUAAAACCACUGAAGAGUUCAGCCAUUGAAAUAAAUUGUACAUUAUAAAGCUUGCAGUAACUAUUGUAUUAUUGAUCAUAUUGUAUACUAUAUUAAAUGUGAAUUUGUACCCCUUCAUUUAAAAAGGUCA